GUGAUAUGAGGGGGAUAUAAAUGUCUCUGCCACAACACGGGGCCACAGUCCGCCUGCCUGGGGAGAUUGUCACACUCACCUCCAGCAUGGAAAAGGUAAGACUAAAGGCUCACUGCUUAGAGUGGACAGAGUUUAACUUUUUAAGGUGUCAGCUGAUGUUUGUUUAGGUUUUAUUAAGUUUAAAUUGUUGUACACAUAUUAUCAACUUUGGACUUUUAAGGUAUUUGAAAUUCCACCCAUAAACUAAAAAAGUCUAAUGCUGAACCACUCAUUUAACACACAGCAAAACAUCAAAUUUUAGAAAGUGCCUUUUUUUUCAAUAAGACAUCUUAACAUUAAUUCAAAUCACAUUUCUUCGAGACAUAUUGUGAAAACAGAUUGUUCUUGAACUGAAAAGUGUCUGGGGUGCUCUAAGGAGUUUAAUUUGUGUUUCAUUUAAAACAACUUUCUGAACUUAUUUAACUCAUCGUUUCAUGGCAGUCUUGACAUGACUAAUUUCCCUAUUCACUUUGAAAGUCACUGAAAGUAAUUUAAUUUACAGCAAAAUCCAAAAGACAAUUUGUACCAAAAUAUUAGGUAUUAUCAGUUUCUUAUGUGUCAGGGGGAAAUAGGUGGGAGUAUUGCUCCUGUGUGAAGAUUUCCAUUGCUGCCAAGUAAGUCCACAAUAUGGACUUUCUGUGCAACCGAGAAGCUCUUUCUAAUACUACCUUUUUCCCUAGUAAAGUGUUGACCCACACAGGCAUGUUCCAUCAGCGUUGUGUUUACACUUUGUCGGGCAGCACGUGUCAUCACACACGAGCAGCGUAGCAGUAGCGUAAUGCAGCCUUGGUCUGCUGGACUCGGUAUACAGAAAACAACACACUCACAGCAGUGUUGCUGAUGUGGAUUUUAUUCUGUGACUGUUGAGCUUCUAUUGUAUGCGAACAAACAACAUGCCUUUUAUAGUUUGGAUUUUUGCAGGUUCACUCGUAUUUAAUAAAGUAAACUAUAUUCCACUUUGCUGUGCAGUUACCUUCAGACAGAGUUAGCGGCUGAAAGUCCUGUUGGAGUCCACGCGGAUCAGGGAUAGGCCAUGGGGUUGUUCUGUGUUAAUGAUAAAUCCAUAACCAUGAAGUAUUUCUCAUCUACAAAAUCUAAUAAACAGUCAAGAGUCCACAUAUAAUGUUUUAUUUUGAAAUUGACCAGAUUCACUAUAUCCUGCUUGUGCCGUGACUUUCUGUCUGAUUCUAUCAGCUGUGUGCAGAUUGAUGUGUGUUGGAAGUGUUGAGCGUUGAAAAUAGACUUGGCACGUAUCUUUAGCAGAGCAGUACGCCAAGACAGAGCAGAGAUGCUUCCUGUGUGUGAUACUGCAUUGAUUAGUAUGGAAACAUAUUUGCUGCAUAGCAGGCGCAGGCUGACGGAACAUGCUUAACACGCAUCCUGUGGGUUUGGGGCUAGUCACAAUCAAGUAGAGUGCUGGUUAGGGCCUAAACUGACCAAACUCCUUCUUUAUUGAUGCAAUGAAGCUGAGAUUGCUUCAGGACACACCUGAGGCAUUGACAAAGCUGCAAAAAAGUCAGCCUUAUGUUAUGUUUAACUGCUUCUAGGUGGUGGUAUAGUAUUUGUAAAAAAAGUUAGCAUUUUGCCUUAUUGCUUUAGAAAUACACAGCCAUAUGGAAUUUGGUACACAGAUCAGGAGGGGCUUCCUUUUGAAGGCUCCAAAGUCAAAAUGGAACUACAACCAAAAAUGGCUCCAUAGCGCCCCUGUGUGUGACCCACAGCCAUGAUAACAGCGAGGCUCAUGUUGGACCCCAAGACGAACAAAAAGCCUCUUGGAUCCAUGGGCCAUGCCCAACCAGAAGUUGCCCAUACUGAUUUGAAAAUUUAGGUUUUGACAUUUCCACCACUUUUAAGGUCUUUUCAAACAUUAACUUCUCCUAGGGAUUUAAUCCGAGAAAUUGCAGUCACAGGUACCCACAAUAGUGUACUUUAAGAGCACUGUACAACUCUGAAUCAGUUCUACUGAUUUAAAAUCUCAUCUCUAACAAACAGGGAACCAGUGUGAAGACCUCAGAACUGGACUGAUGUGAUCCCCUGUUUCAGUCUAACUGAAGCCUUUUGUAGCUGUUUGAUUUUUUCAAAUAUGUUCCUGCAUUCAGACUUUGGUUUUGCCUCUCUGUCUAAAUGCAUAAUCAUCAUCUAAUUGGGGAGAAAAGCAUUGAAAAGAGAUUCGGCGAGACUAGUCCACAUAGUUAUGUAUCCAGCAUAAUGCAAUAUCUGCUAUAUCUUGUGGGUAAAAUACAACAGCACAGGUGAUCUUGAAGCUGAUUUUUUAAAACCAUUUGAGAUAAAUCAAUGUUUGAAAUACUUUUACACUCAAAAGCGAGGAAUUACUUUGUUUCUUGAUGUUUACUGUGAAUUUGAGUCUUUGCUUUAAUUAGUCUAUCUCUGUUUUAAUGUUAACCUGCAUUCAGGUUAUUCUGAGGUGGAGUCAUACAUAAGGCAGUGAUUUACUUUAUAUCAGCGCUCUUGGCUUGCCCUUUCUUUGCUCAUAUUACUCUGUCUGACCAAACUGUUGUAUGAACUGUGAUAAAGUGUUCUGUAUUUAUGCUUGUAACUCUCCGAACAGAUGAAUCUUGCCAUUAUGUCCUCCAUCCUGCUGGUCAUUUCUGCCGCCCAUGCUUUCCAGUACUCAGAGCUGGCACAGUAUGUUGAUAGCCACCAAGAGGAAUAUGUGGAGGUAUGAUAACCGUGAUAACUAUGGUCAACUUACCCCAUACACGGGGUAAGUUGACCAUAGGAGACCACUUUUUUUUACAUGCUAUAUUAUCAAGACAGUUAUGUUUACACUCAUUCUGUUGGUUUGCAGGGAUGCACAACAUCUUGAAAUAUACGCAGAUACACUAGUUAGAAACAAAACUAGGAUUGACUUGAUGUGGUGGCGGAUUUAAAGGUGAGGAGAGGAGCUGAUGUUGUUGGUCAAUACAGGUCUCAGCUGUGUUAAACCCACUCUACGCCCUCUUUCCUCCCUCCCUAUGACUUACACCGCUGGGAGGAGCUAAGUUAGGGAGGGGGGAUACUUAGAGGGAGUCACAUAGAGGGAGUGGAGCAAAUUUUAAAGGUGAUAUUGACGUUUGAAAUCCUUUUCCACAAAUAAAGACAAUCACAUCAAGUUGCAUACAUUUAAACCCCAUGUGACAAAUAAAUAAAUUGCAUAAAUAAAUAAAUAUUUUUUGCACCGUGUCAAAGAACUGUGUCAGGAACUUUCUGAGUCUGAUAUGAUACCAAGACUUUUGAAUGCAGUUUAAUUGAUACAGACACAGAUCAAAGGAAAAAAAUGAGACAAAAAACACUUGCACUUAAAAGCACAUUGUAUUACUUGCAUUAUGAUGCUGGACAUCGUAGGUAUAGGUGCUAGAAUUUACUACUUCAAGUAGUCGAUUAAAUCCGAGUUGUGUUUGUAAAGCUAAUUCACAAAACUUUCCCCUGUGUGUAGAAAGUGGUAUAAACUCGGUACCUUUAGGCCAUCUAAUUAUAUUUGUUAAUUGUUAGAGUUGUGUGAUGCAGUUGUUUUUCUUUCCCUAAUUUAAAUGGACUUCUACAUAAAAUAGAUAUGCCAGUUUAAAAUGCACAAAAAUGGCAAAAUGGUCUGAGCAGACAGGGAGACAGAGAUUGGAGGAUUAUAUCAUCAAAAUGUCAGUUUAUGAGGAUAGUAUGUUAGCUUCAAUAUAGUCUUGAGGUACAUACUCUGUGCUCUGCAUGCCAUCACAUGCUCAUGUCAGUCUUUAUGUAUAUGUUUCUUUCUUAUGCCAUUCUUUAUGCACUGUUUUAAACAGUGCUUUCUGAGAUUCGAAAAACCUUGAUUUUUGGACAGGAACAGUAACUUUCAGUAACAGCUUUCCUUUUUUUCUGAUUUAAUCACGAAAAUGAUUGGGAUUUCAAAAUAAUAUCAUGAUUUGAUAUAAUGGGCUCUAUUUUUGUUCCUGCCAGUUGUAAGGGGGACAGUGGCGCACCUUGCGCAGUCGUGUUUUCAUCUGGCGGAGCCCAGCAACCCAGCCAGUUUGGUAUUUUCGUAGACUGAAGCGCACCGAGGCAAGCUGGGCGUGGCAGCGCGGUAGGGGGAAGGUGUUGACAGAAUCAGCUGGCAAAGUGACAUUUUUGUGCUCGUGUGGCAAGUGCGCUGAAAGCUUGCUGAUUCAAACCUGGUCAGCGCAGGCGGAGCGCAGCUGGUCAAGUGGUAUUUUAGUAGACCGGCGGCAUAGUGCACAUACGUCACCGAUGCCUCACCAACAGGCUUUCCACAGUGUCAGGCACAUUUCAGUGCAAAACAUGAUCAACAACAACCAAUAUUCAAUGCAACUAUCUGAGUCAGCACAUACAUUUAGAUCUAUAUCGAUAUAUUCUGAUCUAUAUUUUAUCCGAUAAGUGGGUUUGGACACUCAACCUGACCGAAUCAACACAGCUGAAACUGCAUUAAAUUAAAUAUCCAGUAAACAGUCACACAUGAUGAAGUUAACAAGAUAUUUAAUUCCUCUCCUCCUUUUUCUCCUUUUUCCCCGCACAGCUCGACCUGGACAUGUCUCCAUGUCCUCCCCCCGCCCUGCUGCAGCAGCGGCAAUGCUGACUAAAUGAUUUAUUUUAGUGAUCAGAAGAGUUAUGUACUUAGAAAAUUUGAACAAAAAAAUGAUAGAAACUUUCACUCAAAAUUACCAGUUUAUCUGAUGUUCUCAUAUCCUUAAAAUUCUGUGAAUAAUCAACCCUGAGUCAGGCCCACACACGAAUAUUAUAAUAUUCAGUUGCGCAAGUUCAUUUUAUAUACCAACAUCUAUGAAAGAAAGAGCCAGACCACGGGCGUGAUGCAUCCUUUACACACAGGUGGUUUCGUUUCAAUGCCAUUAUUGGAAUUUAUGUUGUGAUCUGUGCGCACAAUCCACCUUUGUCACGUAAGGUUUAAAUAUAUGAAACUUUAUGUGAUUGUCUUUAUUUGUGGAAAAGUGUAUUUGUCUUACCAGUGGGUACAACAUUACACACACCAAAUCCAUCUGUGCUUAUAUGAGAGAGUGUGGAGGACACCCUGCAGCUUACAGCGACACUUGUUGAGGGGCUGCCUUCUGUCGCCAUCUUGUGGAAUUGCUGUCUUCAGCCAUCUCUUGAUCUCUUCAACUACUUCACGAAAAUUGUAAUACACCUCGCUGGUGGCAGAUUUAAAGGUGAGGAGAGGAGGGGAUGUCAUUGGUGAAAACAGGACUUGGCUGUGUUAAACCCACUCCACGCCUUCUCUAGGGAGGGGGGAUACUUACGCCGGGCUGUGCCGCUCACCAAAAUACCAAAGUGUGCUUGGGCAUGCCUUGUCAGCGUGGCGGACCUGACUUACGCCGCGCCUGUGCCACGCUGCUGGCGAGGCACGAAAAUAGAGCCCAAUAUCUUUGAAACUGGUGGGAGAGAAAACAAACAAACAAACAUAUAUAUUUCAGAACACGUUAAUGUGGGUUUUAUUUGUCAUUGCUUACAUACUCCAAAAGUUGAACAAGGAAACUUUAAACCCUAAUAUUUAGUCCCAGUGUUCUGAGUAUUGUUCCGUGUGUGUUUCAGGCUCUGCGUGACUGGGUGGCAAUUGAAAGUGACUCCAGCAAUGUCUUGAAGAGACCUGACCUCCAUCGUAUGAUGGAGAUGACGGCUGAGAAGCUGAGGCUGAUGGGAGGGACGGUGGAGCUGGUAGACAUUGGAGAGCAAGAGGUCAGUGAUGGUGUUAUCCUCCCCCACUCUGCCCCUCUAAAACACUGACAGACAGAGAUAUCAGAAAAUGAAUGUAGACCUAUCCCUAUUUAGCUGUACUUAUAUAGUCAGGGUAGGUUAUCACAGAGGGCCACAGACACAGACAAGCUGCUAAAAGCCAGCAGAGCAGACAGCUGUAAAUCCCCCUCUUCAUCACUUAUUGAGACACUUCAGCUCCACAAACUCAUUUAACGUGUAGAGUCCAGAUUACAGGUUACCAAAGCACCUUUAACUUUUAUAAUUGGGAUGGACGUGUCUUAACUUUCUAUGCAUCAUACUGUGACACUGAAUGGUAUAGACAACAGCUGAUCUCUGUUUAUCAUCAAAGUGUUCACUAGGAAAGAGCUGCAGACAAUCAUGAACCUCUGCCUUUCUGAGCAUUAUACAGUGUUGCACACAAACUAAAUCUGGAUAGCACUAAAGCUCAGUAAGACUUGGAGUUCCCCCUGGUGACUGGAUGCAGAAUAAGGCUGGGCACACAUUACAACACCUGAAAACCAUGUCAGACCGCACACACAAAUGAAGUUUUAAACAUUACAAUCCUCUGAUUACACUUGAUGGCUGAAUCAACACUUAACGUCUGUGGUAUUUAUGCCGUUCAGUACACCAUAAACUGGGAGCCAAAGCACAUGAAAAAGAACUCUUUAACAUCACGUAAUAGCAGCUGACCAUAACACUACACCCAUUACAGAAGCAUUACCCCAAAUUUGGCUGGAUUUUGCCCCAAAAUAAACAGAGGGGUCAUCAAAUGGCUUUUAAGAGCACCUUGAUUGUGGCAAAACUCAUAAUCAUGCUAACAAUAGAUAUGUCAUCAUAUAAUGAUAUUGAUAACCUAUAUCUCUUGUGACAUUAUUCAGUUAAAUACUAAUUUAAUUUAUGGUAAUAUAUAAAACAUUUUAAAAUCUGCCAAGCCCAUUUUACCCCACAAUCUGAUCCAAAAUAGUUCCCAGUUUCAAGCUCCCAGAUUGUUGGGAGUGCAAACCAGACCUUAAAUUUGGUGUAAGAAUCACAAAGCCCUCCUCCAUUUGUUUAAAAAAUGGGUCGUUUAAUGCAGAUCAAACAGGCUUUGAUUAAGACUCAAUUAUGUCUUAAAUAGUUAUUUGGUAUUAGAUAGAGAAGAUGUGACAUUGUGAAGGACAGAUCUGUUGACCGAUGAAGCUCCUGCAGCGUUUUCCCUCAUUACUAGAGAGAAGGUGCAAAGGAAAGAGAAAAAAACUGGUUCAGGAGUCAUCAAACCUUCCAUAACCACAAGUGUCUUCCUCAAACUCAGACCACAGGCGGUUGGACUGCUCUCAUCUUUGAGGUUAAAGUCUCAAGUUUCAGUUUCAGAUUUCUUUGAUGGCCUGAUGUUGAAUUAUGGUCAGAUUUAGAGCCAUAGAGAUAGGUUGCAUAAGAGUGAGCUUAUCAGUAUGUGUCUUCUCUUAUGUGCUACUACGACAACGACAGGCUUUAGAAAAAGGUGACAGUCCUAAUCUCAAAUCCAAGCCUCCAACAAACCAACAGCUGAAUCACACCGGCUGUCUCUGCCUCUUAAAUCAGCCUGUCAGUGCGUAAAAGUGUAGAAACUUGAUCAUUUAAAUAUUUAAUAAUAAAGCUGACUGAUGUGGAGCUGCAGUAACUCACACAUGCAUUAACUCUUCUGUCAUUCCCGCAGCUUCCUGAUGGACAGACAUUAGCUCUGCCUAAAGUGGUAACAGCUCAGUUUGGCACCGACCCAAACAAACACACAGUGUGUGUAUACGGUCAUGUGGAUGUCCAGCCAGCAAAGCUAGAGGAUGGCUGGGCCACAGAUCCAUACAACCUGACCGACAUCAACGGUACCAGCCUUUAAAACUACAAUCUACAGAUGCAUAAUAAAUUUGAAGGUCAACUUUUGACACUUCAACAUUGACGCUCAUGUUUUAAGUUACUUAGAAAUCAGCAGCCUAGCGAUGCUCUCACCAGCUCUGCUGCCUUUGCAUGGAUUGCAGGACAGGAUGUUGCAACACUUUCCCUUUGGAAUGAAGGUGGGGAGGAGGGUUUGUUCUCACAUCUGUGCCUGUUCACACCGGCUUCAGAAUGGAUGUAGGACUGCUGUAUAGCAGCUCUGGCCCGAGCUCUCAUGGCCGCAUAAGUUGCCUCUGGCAGCUUUGUAGUUCUCAAAGGUUCUACCCAAGUAGGGCCAAAAACUACCUGCUAUUAAAAUGUAUUGUCUUUACAGGAGUCAACAGGGUUAAUAUUUAACAUGGAAGGAUGAGGAGGCCGUAAUCAGCUGUGAUCACCUGUAUAUAAGAAUAUGAAAACCGAGCUGUUCCAAUCAUCACACAUCCAGUGUGAAGCAGGCCUAUCUGUCAAUUUUUUUUUCCUACUCUUGAGACCAGCCUGAGACAGAAAAUAAUGAUUUUGUUACAGCGUCAACAGGCAGAGUUGAAACAAGUAGAACUCAGAUGUAUUUGAUAUGAAAGUAUUACCCUUGGUACUGCUCUUACUGUUGAGAAUAAAUAACUGUUAUUGUUGAAUUUCAACCGAUCAGAGUAAAGAAUUUAUCCCUGCAGGGAAAUAGAUUGAAAAAAUCAGAUGAAUCUACUAAAGUAUUUAUUUAUGUGUUAGAAGACAGAGCAUAGGUCACGCAAUACAUAAAUCUGUAGCUGAUGUUAAAGUCCUUUUAAAUUUAUGUUAGAUUUCAUUCAAACAAAGUCAGACACUAUAAACAAUAUCACAAACAGAGCUUUUUCAGGUGAGCUGCUGCUUUGAAAUUAAUUGCUCUGCUGUAGUUUGACAACCAGCACUCUUAUAACUCUUACUCUUUGUUACAAAUGUAGUUUUCUCCUCUGACUGUAAACUAAUACUCAUAUAAUGGCUCCUGUAGGUAACCUUUAUGGAAGAGGAGCAUCAGAUAACAAGGCCCCAGUUUUAGCCUGGAUCCAUGCAGUGGGAGCUUACCAGGCCCUGAAUAUGGUGAGAAUGUUCAUUUUUAUCACAGUUACAUUCGAUAUACUGUAUUGUGAAUGCUAUACAUGAGUAACAUCUAAAUGAGGCUCCAGAUAAGGUAAACUCAGAGACUCUCAUUAUUUAGAAAAUACUGUCUUCAGUUACUGUUGAACACAUCCAGAGGGUACACCCACAUUCACUCCCUCAGGCCUGUUAAGUAGAAGACAUGAGCUCCAGCCAAACUCUCUUGCAAAGUCAUUGCUUGUCUUCAACAAAGUCACUUCAACGGUCUGUUCCUGCCAUCCUCACAUGCUGGCUCUGAAGUAACAAACAGCUGUAAGUAUCAAAAGCCUCAGCCAGAUGCCAGAUGCAUUAAGGGGGGAAGAAAUCUGUUCUUGUUGACAACACCAGUUCCACACGCAGCUAAUGGCUCGUGGUUUGAGGGUUUGCAAAGCCUGUUACAACACCAUUACAAAGACUAAUUAGCAUGCUUGUCAUCCAGAAGUGAGCUGCUUUCACAUUAGAUUCUCCUCCACCAGCUCAUCUUCCAUCCAACUGCUCCAGCUGUCACAGUUACUUACAGCUGCACAAAUCUGAUGUAGUAAUAUUUUCUCCCUGUAUGUCCACCAGGAGCUGCCAGUCAAUGUGAAGUUUGUCAUUGAGGGCAUGGAGGAGACAGGCUCUAAUGGUCUAGACGCCAUGAUCCUGGCCCAGAGGGACACCUUCUUCUCUGAUGUGGAUUAUAUCAUCGUCUCAGACUGCGGCUGGCUCAGUAGACGUCCUGCCCUCACCUACGGCACCAGAGGAAACUGCUACUUCUUUGCUGAGGUUGUGCACAAAGACACAAAUCCAGGUUGUAACCACUUGUUGAUGAAUUUCCUCUCCAAAGGAAACUCUGCAGUUACUGUAGUAUUAGCAGUGUCACCUGAUGGUGUCUGGAGAGAUGUUAUGAAGUGCAAAAUUCCCAUCAAGCAUGGAUUGGAUUCUAAAGGUUGAAAUUUAGUUGAAAUCAGAUAUGAACUUCCAAGACUAGUUUCAACAGGUUUUCAACCAGCAAAAAGGUGGUUAUGAAAUCAGCGUGUAAGGAAACACAACCUGGUAAGGACCACUUUCAUGCCCUACCAUGUGCAGGGGCAGGGAGAACACAGCAGUGAAGACCCCUCAGGGUGCACAACAGAGCAGGCAUCUGUGAUGGUUCAGAUGACAAUCGGUGCGUUUAGAUUAUUAUUAUUAUUAAUUUAACCAGGAAUGUCCCAUUGAGAUGAAAAACCUCUUUUUCAAGGGAGUCCUGGCCAAGAGGCAGCAAAAAGUUACAGAUCAACAAUGACAUACAAAUUAGAUAAAACAGUUACAAGUUAGGGAGGCUGUCUCAAGUGCUCUCAGUCUGGAUGUCAAGUCAUUCAAGAAGAAAAGUCCUGUUAGUUUCCAGUCCUUUUGCAACAGGUUCCAUGUAGAAGGGACAGAGAAGACAAAAGCCCUUUUUUCCCAGAUCAGUGCAUGCAAAUGGAACAGUGAGUAACAAACUAUUGUUUUGAACGCAAAUCAACACUUCUCUGUGUGUUUGAUUAAAUUAAAAAUGUAAGAGGGCUGUAGUCCAAGCACGGCCUUGUAAAUAAAAGUGUACCAGUGAGUCAACCUCCUAAUGGACAAAGAAGGCCAUCCCUCUUGAGAGUACAGUUCACAAUGAUGGGUCAAGGCCCUACAAUUAGUAAUAAACCUCAGAGAAGCAUGAUACACAGAUGUGCAGUAGCAUUGAGCUUGUUUAAGUGAGCACGCUCAGAACACUUAAGCCAGUUUCAGUUUGAUGAGCAGUAUACAUGACAGAGAAAAGGUCAUAUAUAACCCUAAUCAAAAGGUUAAGGGGGUUCGAUGUCAGAGCUGUUCACAUGCCAAAUUGUUCUUGGCAUGCGAACAGUUUAACCUAGCCCCACUUGCCCCUGCUGGCUGUAUUCAGUGACGUGUAAAUGGGAUUUGUCGAACACUGAUGGACUUCAUCCUUCGCAGCCUCUUCAAUCAGUGUAUAAUUGUGAUGUGCAUGAGUGAAUAUGACAUGUGAUGUAGAGGAGCUUUCAUUGGUCAGAUGACCAGAGAAAUAAUGAUGUAGAUAUAAUCCAUUUACCAUUGUGUAAAUGGACUGACCAGUAAAAUCAGACACAGCAUUAAAAAGAAGGGAGCUGGGAUGGGGCUGAGUCGCAAAGCUUUUAGUGGGGGAAGCACAAAGAGUGGGGGGCAAAUGGCUGAGCAGUCAGUGAAUGUGGACAGGUAUGAGGAUCAUCUGAUGGGAGCUGAGCUUGACUUUGUGGCCUUCCUGAAAAAUGGCCAUGCCCUAUUUUGUCUCAUGGUUUGUAAAUUGUUAAUCUAGUUGUGAAAAGAAGGAUGUGAUUGUAAUGAUAGUACUUCUCUGAAGUUAGUUUUCAAAUGUAGUUGAAAUCCAAACAAGGGGUUGACUACAACACAGAUUAGUCCACAUGACUGAUAUACAUUUACAGAGAUUACAAAGAUGUGAAUGACAAAGGCAUCCAAGCUUCAAUGAUGAGUGACAAUAACCUGUGUGACACCUGGCCAGUCAGAUUAUGUUGUUGGCAUUAGGUGAGACACGGUGGUACAACAGAGUAACAUGAGGAUAGAUUCAGUCCAUUUAUUUUAUCAGCGAUUAGCAAAAUGAAACACUGAUGAAAUGAAUUGAUUAAAUCUGUCCUAAUGUUGCUCUGUUGCACUUGUGUCUAUACUCUCCACCCUGUCUCACCCUAUACCUCAACCACAACACAAUCUGACUGGCCAGGUGUCACAGAUAAUUAGCGAAGAGGUAAAUAUCAGCCACCAAUAAUCCAACCAGCCCUACACAACACUACAGAGCAGAAGAAGCUUUGUGAUUUAACUAUAAACUUCAUAGAGCUCCAGAAGAGGUCUGGGAACUAAAGCCUGCUGCCUCUCAGGGAUUUCUGUCUGCUGUACUGAUUAAAUUAGGCCACAAUAUUUACAAUGCAUCACACUACAAUAACUUUAUUGAUCCUCAAAGGGAAAUUCAUUAAGAUGUAUGAUGAGACUGAAAAAUCAUCUUCAGUGUAUUUUCAUGUGUUGGUCAGUCAUGGACCUUUGAUUAAUGUCUUCAAAUGGAGAUGAACUUCUUACUUUUUACCCAGGCUUUUGACUUAGGCUGUAUCCAAAAACAAAUAAGUAAAUAAAUGAAUAAAUUAUAUUUUAAAUACUUUUUUAAUGGAAAAAUUCUCACCAACUGGUACUAACAGCCCCUACCCUCAGCUACCUGUCAGUCAAAUCAUUGCCCCUGACUGUUACUGCAAGCUUUUGAUAAAACAGGAUUGAUGGGCAGAUCAAAAGUUGUUGUAAAAUGUUUUUAUGGUGACAGUUUCUUCUCUGCAGGUUGAAGGACCUAAACAGGACUUACAUUCUGGUGUUUAUGGAGGCACUGUGAUUGAACCGAUGACAGACCUCAUUGGUAUUCUGGGUAAGUUAGAAAUGAGUUUCCAAACUGACACAAUGAAGGGACUUUAUGAUAUAUUGAGUCUGAAAUCCAGUUUGAGGACAUGGUGCCAUAGGGGAGGAAAACUGUGUUCUCUUGUGCCUGCUGUAUAAAUCCACCGUAGAAGAAAAGGAUUUCACAAUAGACAGAAGGUUGAUGCUGUUUUACUUGAAAUGUGUCUGAGUGACCUAGAAUGAUAAAGAAACAGUUGGGACCAUCUUAAAACAGCUUUUUUUUUUGGCUUUGGUUAUGCAACACUGCCAUUAUUGAUUGUCUCGUGACUUUCAUGUCGAUUUUUGACAACUGGUAUAAUUUUAUAAUUAUUCAGGAUUUCUUUGUGGUUGUGUCCCGUGUUUGUGGCUGCUCCCUUGGAAAGCUGUUAUUAAGAUUGUUGACUGAGUUUAUUUUUCAGUAACACGUUUCACAUCAAAUUAGAGGUCCAUAAAAAAAGGAAAGCCUUGCAAGCUGACGUUUUUUAACAGCUGGAGGUGAAAUGUACACGACGAGGAUGUGUGAUAUCAGGCUGUUGCUUUUGAAAACUGAAAAUCACUGAUUAAUCAGGACCAUGUGUUUACCACAGACAAGUAAUAAACUCUUUACAAAACAUGCAGUUUCCUUCUUUUUGAAGUUUUUAAGCUUUAGAGAAAGAUUUUAAACUGACCGGGACAGUUUUCAUUAGUUAGAUUGAGAAUAAUUAAGAUGAAAAAAAUAAACUUUAAAAGUAAAAUAAAAGAUAUGAGAAGUACGGUAGGUUGGCAGACUGAUAGCAGAACUAAUAUUCAGAGACAGAUAUGGAUUUAUAGGUUUAAUGUUCUGAUGAAAAGGUCAAAUCCAACAGGAGCCUCGGAUGAAAAACAAAGAUGAUAGAGACAGAGAGACAUUUGUUGGCACAGAUUGGAUAUGUCAUAUAUCAUUAACAUUGAUAAACUCCUCUUUUUCCUGCAGCUGUUCAUAAAGUCUGUUCAAAACCACACUUGACUCAUCGUAUUGUUGCUGUCCUGUCCUCAGACACGCUGAUCAACCCCAGUGGUAAGAUCCUGAUUCCUGGGAUCAGGGAGGCUGUGGCUCCACUCUCUGAUGAAGAGUGGAGGAUGUACCAGGACAUCGAGUUUGACAUUGAGAACUACAGGAACAAGAUUGGAGUGGGCCAGCUCAUGUACACUAACAAGGUGGAGGCUUCAUUCUGAAACUGUUAAAGCUGCUCCCUGAGGAGGUUUGUGGACGUGACUGUCACUGUUUGUUCCUGUAGGUUGACUUGUUGGCUCACAUGUGGCGCUAUCCUACUGUCUCCAUCCAUGGCAUUGAGGGGGCUUUUUCUGACCCCGGCACGAAGACCGUCAUCCCCGCUAAGGUCACUGCCAAGUUCUCCAUCAGACAAGUUCCCGACAUGGAUCCUGCUAUGGUCAAAAAACAGGUACAGCUGCAGACUGAAGCACAUUUGACUCUUUUUCUUGAGGUAAAGUUCAUCAUAUCUUCUUCUCUUAUCUUGUUGGCGUGAUGCUUCAGGUAACAGACUACCUUCAAUCCGUGUUCGCAAAGAGGAAGAGUCCCAACAGGCUGAAGGUCACCAUGGUGAUCGGGGCCAAGCCGUGGCUGGCUAACACACAGCAUCCUCUCUAUGAAGCUGGGAAAGCUGCUGUUAAGAGAGGUACAGAGCACAUGCAUUGGCUCACAUAGUCCUGAUACUGAGAGUAUCAUGGAUCAUUACCAGGCCUCAGGUUUGAAUGAUUUCUGUUUUCUCUGACACUGCAGAUUUACAAUUAUUUACAGUAUGAAUUAUUAACAUUGACUCCUACUUUGGUCUUUUAGCUGCAUCCUGUGUUCAUUAAGAGUCACUGUGUUCGAAGUCUGCACACUGACACGUUUGUAAAGUGACCUGUGAUAAAUGAUCCUCUACAUGUCCUGCUGUUACACUUAGCACUAAGAUGUGAAGGCCUGUUAUGAAAAUUAUAAAUGUCUUCAUUUAUGAAGCACUUUUUAAAGUCUAUAUUACAGAGUGUUUAUAAAGCAACGAGAAGAAAUGUAAAACAGCAUCUCUUCAGCCUAGUUCUUAAAGUCCCACUCUGAUCAUUUUUACUACUUAAAGUGUUCUCAGUGGUCUUUAAACUGUGAUUAUGAAGUUUUUAGUCAGAAUCAUGUUACCUGUGUCCUUUCCAAGAGCUUAACUUCUGCAGAGCUCCAGAAGCUUAUUUGUAAUUCACCUCUGAGUCGUGGGUGGAGACAGCGCUGCUCUGCACACUCCUCUUCACACUCCUCUUCACGCUAGCUUGUAGCCUAACAUUGCCGGUGUAGUAGAAGUAGCAGGUAAUAUAGGAGCUAUUCAGCUCUCGGACACUAAUGUCUUUGGGGGGCAUAAUGAAAGCUAAUAUCAUAAUCAGCUUUCCUACGAGCAUUGCAAUCCGCUCACGCACACGCUUGUUCCGUGAUUGUCCUCUCUACUUCUCCAAGUCUUGCCUGCAUAGCGGGGCUUGGAAUAAUGACGUAAGAAAUCUCACUGUGUCUGAACCUGCUGUUCUGGUCUGCCAGAGAUUCACAGCAAUUUGAAUACAGAAAUACUCAGAAAUGCAAUUUUGCACUUAGUUUUCUCAUUUCUCAUGAUAUGUCCUGCAGCAUCAGAAAACUGCCAUAUGAACAUUUAGACAACAAGAAAAACAUGAUUUUUAUCAGAGUGGGUCUUUAAUGAGUUUAUUUAACCUGGUUUUUCACAGUGACCCAGUUUACCUGUACUCUAUAUAUGGUGCUGUCUUUAGAGACCCCCCAAUAAGAAUAUAUUUUCAGUUGAAUUAUACCUUCUCUUCUAGUCUUUGACCUGGACCCUGACCUGAUCCGUGAGGGAGGGACCAUCCCUAUUGCCCGAACCUUCCAGGAUGUGACGGGAAAAAGCCUCAUUAUGAUGCCCAUCGGAGGCUUUGACGACGGUCUGCACUCCCAGAAUGAAAAAAUGAGCAGGUCAGACUCCAUGGCUUUGUGUUUCAUUUUUUGAAAGUAAAUCUUGAUAAGUUACAGAACUUACUGAGACUUUUAGAGAUGACUGGAUUUAAUUAGAGGGAGGGAAGCAGUACCUCUUAAACUCACACAGUCUGAACAUCUUCCAAUCAUCUGGUUCAGUGGACUGAAACAAUAUUUUACCUCAAUAUGCAACAUAAAAUGACAAGUAAAAGAGCCAGAUAACGGUUAUUCCAGUAUAGAGUUAAUAUGCUUAAAACUUAAACAACCACCACGACACAAAAAAACUUUAAUUUUAACCAGUGACACAGUCAUGAUUCAGACAGAGAAGUGGAGAGGCCAUUCAAACUGACAGACACACAACAGCAAGGACACAUGACUCCCAUCUGUUAUAAUGAGAGUCAUGCAUCCUUGUUGUUGUGAGAGUGAUAUCACUAAUGAUAUUAAGCAGGGGCAUGUCCAGACCUUUUAGACUGGGGUGCUCUGACCUCAGCUAUGGAACUGUUGCUAUGGAAUUAAUCUGAAAUGAAGUAAAAUCUAAAAUUAUUUGUUAAUAUCAUGAGACUAGGUCACAAUUUACACCUGUGUCAUGAGAGAAGUGCCCAGAAAAAAGCAUUUGCUCUACAUACGUCAAAAUAACUUGACUAAGUGAUGGUAGGAACAUAUGUAGAAAGAAGUGACGAAUGAAACAUUCUUAAAAAUUGCAAAACUGAUCCCAUAGUAUGAAGAGAAAGAAGUAUCAAGAUAAUAAGCCAUAAUUAUGAUACAAAAGUUUAUUUCACAUAAUUAUUCUUUUAAUUUGCUAACAUGGGAUAGUGGUUGGUGAAAUACUUUUGUAACUUACAACAUUUAUAGGUAACAAGGUUUCAGAGAAUAACCCUCUUUUUCCAGACCUGCAUUCCAGUAAUGCUAAAAUUAUUUAUCUCCAGUUAAGGUUGUGAACUAAAGUGGUCUGAGCCAUAAAACUCCCAGGCUGGAAACCAGUCCCAGUCCGACCCUGCAUAUCAGCUAGCAAAGCCCCACUGCAGCUGACCAUGAUCCCACCAAGUUUAACUAAUGACCAAUUGUACCAUUAUGGUGUCAUUUUUUCAACAUCUCAUUAGAAGGGUGAUCACAGUCCUUGUAAAUGCUCUGUAAUAAAGCGUCAUAUUAUACCAAAAUAUUAAGUUAGAGGAAAAAGAGCUACAGGAAGCCGAGGCUGCAUGUGGUCAGCAGGCUGCAGACUUACCAGAAACAAAUGUUCACUUUUGGGGGAAACUUCCUCUGAUAGGGGAAAUGAGUUACUACAGCUCAACAUGCAGAAUAAAAAAACCAUUAAAAUGCUCAGGUUAGUUGCUUUGGUAUAUAAACAGGUAUAGAUACUUGAGGUUACAAUGAAGGUAAGGAUUCUGCCAUAGUGACAUCUCACAUGCUGAACUCUUUCUCUUUUUUAAAACACCCAGAGAAUCAAAACAGAGGAGAAAAUUAGAUUUCUUCUCUAUUGUAGGUACAACUAUAUCGAGGGAACCAAAUUAUUCAUCGCCUACCUGAAUGAGGUUUCCAAGAUUGCGAGGACUAGUGUGUGACGUUUCACCGCAUCAUGAAAGACCCCCUGACCCAUCCAGCUCCAGUGAUCUUACUUUACUGUGCAUUCACCUUGUGCUUUCACCUUUUUACAACAUUCUUAUUUAUUCACACUCUAUCUAUCUAUCUAUCUAUCUAUCUAUCUAUCUAUCUAUCUAUCUAUCUAUCUAUCUAUCUAUCUAUCUAUCUAUCUAUCUAUCUAUCUAUCUUUAUGGGUGAAUGUAGCUGUAUAUCAGGCACUGCUGUAAGCGUGUGUGUUUUUCUGUCAUGUAGUAAAAACUCUAAGAUGCAGCCAA